AACCUAUCCCCUGAGAAGAACCCUAAAACGGAAAAAAAAAAUGGAGAUUCCAGAAGUGACGUUGGUCAACGUCUUGGUACGAUUUCCACUGAAGAGUAUCGCGCGAUUCAGAACAGUGAGCAAAGAAUGGAAAUUGUUAAUCGAUUCAGACUUCUUCAGAGAUCUCUACAUCUCUCUGAACUCAUCUUCCUCAAUCUCAUGGUCAAUCAUUCAAACCAAACCUCAAAAGCUGACACUUGAAAUCGUUGGCCACCAUGGAUGCGAAAGAUGGGGACUUUCUCGUUCUCCUGGAUCUUUAGUAAGUUUCUUUGCAGAGACACCAAUCAAUAAACUAAAUGUCUUAGCUUGUACAGAUGGGUUGGUCUCAGUUUGUGCAGAAACUAGUGAUGGGUCUCCUAUGUAUUACAUUGGAAACCCUUUGUUGCAGGAAUGGUUUCGAAUCCCUCAACCUCCUUUCCGUAAUUUUGAGAGAUUUCGAAAGCACGAGCGUUUUAGCGACAGUGGAUUAGUUACAAAGAUGAAGAAUGGUGUCGUUGUGAGUUACAAGAUUGUGUGGUUGUUGACUCAUCCUGCUAAGGUUGAGUUUAUGAUUUACUCAUCUGAUACAGGGACUUGGGAUAGACGAAAUGUGACUUGUGUCCAUACUGCUUUGUGGACUAGUCGGGACAAGUCGAUUGCUUUGAAUGGGAUUCUUCAUUGGCUUUCCAAUCUCACCAGUUCUAUUAUCGCAUAUGAUUUCUAUGGAGGUCAUGAUGAUGGUUUUUGUAUCAUACAUUUCCCUGGUGUUGGAAAAGAUGAUGAGUUACGGCGUUUUCGAAGAACCUUUACAACCUCGGAAGGGUCCAUUGUGUAUUUCAACGAGUUCCUUGAGAAUGUAAACCGCACAUUACGGGUUUGGAGGCUGGUCAAGUACACUGAUGGUCCUGAGGCAUGGCAGCUCUUUAGGGAAGUCAGCUUGGUGUCUUUGAUGGAGUCAGGUAUCAAUUAUUUCCCUGUGGUGAUGCAUCCUUUGAACUCUGAGAUCAUUUACUUCUGGAAUAGGAACAAGAAAGGUCUGAUCUUGUUUAACUUGAGGACACAAGUGUUUAGUCUUCACAAGGAAACUGAAGACGUUCGUAAGUGUAUGGAUGGUUGCGUUUUAAGUUUUAACCGGUGCAGCGAGUAUAUGGAGAGCAUAUAUACAUACUUUCUCUCAUCAUUUCAAAAUGGUCCUAACCAUCUCCUCUUUUCACAGUAUGUUUUCCCUCGUUGGCUGCACCAUCUCCCUGGUCCGAAUCCUACUUAGCGUUAUAUGUUUCAAGUUUCAAUCUGAUAAGCUACAAAGAUUGUAUGAGAAGGCACAUGUAAGAGCUAAAUUGAAGGAAGAAGAGAAGAAGCUCGUAAUCAAAUUAUAUUUGUGUGUUAGUUGUUAAUAGAAGUUGUGUUCUAGACAGUGGAGCUCUAGAGACUCUUCUUCACUGUAUUGAUACAUUGUGCCAUUAGUCAUUUACAAGGAUAAAUACAGAGAUUCUACAUUCAUUCUUCUCAAAAUCCCAAUGUCUAAUGGUUGAAAAAUGCAAAGUUCAACCGAAAUCUUAUGUAAGUAAAUACCAUUUUUCU